AAUAAUAAACCCCUUUGAGUCACUUCGCAUUUAAAAAUAACCAGGCGUCGCCUCUUUCGAGAGGAAUGUCCAGCGCCCGUCGCCCCAUGUUGGGUCUGGGAACGGAAAAUAAUGGGGAGGCACGAUGCGAUGCCCUCUGCAGCCGAGCCCCUCUCGCUCCCCCACGGCUGCGAAGGGGGGAGCCUCCUCUCGCCGCCCGACCUUCCUUCACGGCGCCUCGUCGGAAGGGCGCUCCGGCUCCCCCGCCUUGUGGAGCCGCCUUCCUCGCUUCGCCCUGCGGGCAAGUGUGUGGCAAGAGAGGCGUCUGGGCGGGCGAGGAAUGAAGAAGGGGGGGGGGGGUUCUCUCGCCGCCUCCCCGUCCCCGGCGCUCCCCUCCCUUUCCCCUCAGCCCAGACACAAAGGGGAGUCGCCGCUUAUGAUUCUGAAGAUGCUUCAGAAAAACUAAUGACACCACUCAACACUCUGAGAACUUGCCCUGUAGAUAAAGAUUGUUCCUAUACUAGCGAGUGGAAAGACUCCAAUGAAGAAUUAUCAUCCCAAGAAGAAGCAACGCAACAGUGCAGAAUACUGGAUAAGCAAAAGGAAAGCUGUGGAAUGGCAAAAGACCAUGGUCAAGAGGCAGCCUGGGAACUCACGACUGAGGAAGCUUUACCAGGCAAGGACUUAUUCUUGGAUACAUUGGCCAUGCCUACCCAGGAAGAUCCAUUGGUAAUCAUGGGGGAAUCAUUACUGGACAGCAUUGUGAAGGACUCCCCCAUCAAAGAAGUAUCAAGUUUUCUCACUCAGCCCACCAGCUCUUUAUUGAAGACAGAGGAGUCUUUUGCAGAUGAAGAUUUCCCUAUUACAUCGGAAGUUUCAAAUGUGGCUGAAAAAACAUCUGAUCAGGAUGGAAAUGUGGUGGACACUGAACAACCCACCAAAUCAGCAGACGCAGGGCUCACUGUUUCUCCAGAUACUUUGGACGAAAACGUCAACUAUAUUUGCACUCUCAUGCAAUCAAACAGACACUUAAAAGAACGUCUCAAGAGGAACCUGGCAUAUUGUACCAAUCAAGAAGAAGCGGUUAGCAGCCCUUCUCCACCAGAAAGUGUUGGAACUGUAUCCAAAAGAGAACAUAAAGCAGAAAAGAAAUUAACACCUCUACAAGCAGAGAUGGCAAAAGACUGUAGGCAAGGGGAUGUAGGAGACCAAGGCAUUUCUCCUUCCCACGUUACAAGGAGCUGCUGCCUGAAUCCUUAUGAAGCAUCCCUAAAACUCUAUGAGAGAAACACCUUGGAAUUUAGUUCAAAGCAACUGCUGCUUCAGGAAGGUGACAUGGACUUCUAUGGGACAAUUAAUGGCUUAGGGCACAACCAGCAACAGCAGCUGACCCACAUUUUGGAUCUUCAGCACUGCAGUGUGGUUUUAGAGAAGAAGAUUAGUGAAAUGGAGACACUGCUGCUUCAGGAAGGAGAUAUGGGCUGGGACAAAGCCAUCCAGGAACUCAAGCAGGACCAAAAGAAGCAGCAGACCCAAAUCAUGGAUCUCUACUACGAUGCUGUUUCCAUGGGAACCAGGGUUAAAGAGUUGGAGGUGGACGUUCUCAAGCAGCGUGACUUCUUUGACACCAUCAACACCUUGAAGAGGACUGUUGCUGAUCUCACAGAAGCCAAGAACAGGGCCACAGAGGAGAAGGACAGGGCAGAAAGUUUCCUGAAGAGCAGAGAAGAGGCUUUCGCCAGCACUAAUGGUCAUCUUCAGGAUGUUGAGGCGGAGAGAUCAACUCUGAUGCUGCAGCUGAAAAAGUUUAAGGCUGAUGUGAGUGCCUUCCAGGGAAAGCUUCAGGAAGAAAUGGAACAGAAGGCCAAAUACAUGGACCAGUGUGUGGAGCUGGACUCCAUUUUCCACAGGAAAGAGCAAGAAAUACAAGAGCUGAGGAACAUCAAGCACCAGUUGGAACAGGAGGUUGGAGGCACUGUGUCAGCUCUGCAAAAGAUGAAGGAAGAAAAGCACACCCUUGAGAAGCAUGUCAAAUCCCUGCAGGCAGUGCUGCAGAGGCAGAAGGACGAGCGGCGGGCUGAAAGGAAAAGGCUGGGCUCCAGAUACAACAAACUGGUCGCUCAGAUCAAAAUCUUGCAGGUGCAGUCUGAGAACGAACAGGCGGAGAUGGAGAAAAUGCAGCAGCAGGUCCACAUGUUCAGAAUGGAGAAUGACGGACUUCAGCAGCAGGUGGCAAAGGGCAAAAAUGAGAACCAGUUACUACAGGCGGAGUCUGCCAGGUGGAAAGAACAGUGUGACCAGAUCAGAGAAUCACAAACACUGAAGGAGAAGAUGCAGUACCAGAUUAUCGAGGUACUCAGCUAUAAGCUUCAACUACAGCAGGAAGAACUGAGGAAAAAAGAAGAAAUAAUCGCAUGGAAGAUGCACAUUUUGGGAAGGCUUCAUUUGGACAUGAAGUCAGUGCAGUCUGAUUUGUCCACCAGAAGCCUCCACACUGAAGAAAACCAUUCCAACUCUCCCUAUGUCCAGAAAGCAUCCAACCUCUUGACGAAAAUUCGCAGUCUUUUGGCUCUAACAGAGGGCUUACUUACCUGUCAGGACAGCAAGACAGUUGCUGACAGUUCCAAGAAGAGUCAAACUGGUAUCGAACAAAAUGAAGAAACCAAGAGCUUCUCAAUUAAAAAUAAAACCAAGAAACACAAGAAGAACUCAGCAGCUACACGGGAGUUAAUAAUUAAGGAGAGAUCUUCUGAAGGCCACCACAGUCUGCUAACUGGAACUGGGCAAGAGGAAUCUCCCCAUGGUUCAGAUGAUCUGCCUGAUCUUCUACGAACAAAGCUGAGAGAAAACCACAACCUAACAGACGAUAACUGGAGUGUGUUUAAAGAUUUGGAAACUAAUUUGGCAUCCAAAGAAGAACAGUGCAAAACUGUCACUGGGGACAACAGAAAGCUUCAGAAUGAUUUUGGUAGCUUGGCAUGUAAGGCUUCAGGUGCCUUCCAGCAAUUUCAUCAUAUCUAUCAUGGUACCCAGCGGCUUCACAGUCUACCUAAUGGAUAUGGACGGUUUUGAGAAAGGAUGAUAAAACAGAACAAAUAAAUACAUAAUUUCAAUUCCCUAGCA